AUGAUCAAAAACGGUUUGCGAUUGAUAUCCACAGGAUUAACUAAUGUACAAACGGCACUGCGUGGUUGUAACUUCACGUCGGCAAAACUUCCAGGCAAUGCUAUGCCAUGGUUUGGUAUGGAUAUAGGCGGAACAUUAUCAAAACUAGUUUUUUUCGAACCAAAAGACUCACCUACAACACAAACUGAAGAUGAAAUCUUGUCCAAUGUUACCCAAUAUUUGACGAAGAAUUCUGCUUAUGGAAAAUCUGGACAUAGACAUGCACACCUACAGAUGGACAACGUACAAAUCUGCAAUAGGUUAGGGACGUUGCAUUUCAUCAGAUUUCUAACUAGUGAAAUGAACAAUUUUUUGGAUCUGUCUAAGAAGAUAGGUAUGGCAGAUAACGUACCUACAGUUUGUGCUACCGGUGGUGGAGCAUACAAGUUUGAAGAUAUUUUUAAAAAUGAAUUGAAUUUAAAGUUGCGUAAAUGUGAUGAGCUGGAUAGCUUGAUUCGUGGCUUAUUAUUUACAGUAGCUUCAAAUAAUAAUGAAUGUUAUUCUUGGCCACAAUGUACUGAAUACGAGCAGUGUUCAACACAAGAGUACACAUUCCAGUAUAAUGAAUAUCCGUUUAUUGUUGUAAAUAUAGGUUCUGGUGUAGGCGUAUUGGCAGUUUAUGGUCCAAAUCAUUAUAAGAGAAUAUCUGGAACGUGUAUAGGAGGUGGUACGUUUUUGGCACUAUGUGGUGGUUUGACUGGAUGUGAUACAUUUGAUGAGGCAAUUGAAUUGGCUGCAAAAGGUGAUAAUUUAAAAAUUGAUCAAUUGGUUCAAGAUAUCUAUGGAGGGGAUUACAGUAAAAUCGGGCUACCUGGAAGAGAAAUUGCUAGCAGUUUUGGAAAAAUGAAUUCUAAGGACAAAUGGGCCCAAGCGUCUCCAGAAGAUGUGGCUAGAGCGGCCUUAGUUGGUGUUACAAAAAACAUUUCUUCGAUUGUAAGACCGUGGGCGAUUAUUGAAAAAACUGAUAGAGUAUGUUUUGUUGGUAAUUUUCUGCAUGUAAACCCAAUAGCAACGAAAUUAUUAUCAGAUGCUAUGAUGGAUUAUGGGUAUAAAGCUAUAUUUUUAAACCAUGAGAGAUUUAAAGAGUAG